AUGAGUUCAGACAUAGACAUUUUGAAAGGAACUUUGGAUUUUGCUUUUGGAAGGAUGCAAAAUGCUGAAGUUCUUCCCUUGGAAAAGCAAUGGAGGUGGACAAUAGAGAGAGAUGCAAUAUCAAUUGCAACUAAAGGCUUUAUACGAGAUCAUUCACAAAAUUUUGAAGCAGAAUUGAGGAAGAGAGGCAAUCAAGUUUCUAUAGGCUUCUCAAACGAGCAUUUGUUGGAAAUGAUCGAUGAGAUGGCUAGCUUACGUCGUGAACUUGAGGCUUUUAGCAGUCGAAAUGAAAUUGUCAAAGGCAAUGAUAAUUCAGCUGCUUCUUCCAAUAUACAUCGAACAUGUAGUGAANUUAGAGAUCAUUCACAAAAUUUUGAAGCAGAAUUGAGGAAGAGAGGCAAUCAAGUUUCUAUAGGCUUCUCAAACGAGCAUUGGUUGGAAAUGAUCGAUGAGAUGGCUAGCUUACGUCGUGAACUUGAGGCUUUUAGCAGUCGAAAUGAAAUUUUCAAAGGCAAUGAUAAUUCAGCUGCUUCUUCCAAUAUACAUCGAACAUGUAGUGAACCUUUUCUAGAAGUGGAUUUUACUGAAGACCUACUUGAGGAGGAUGUGGAAGCCGAUGGAAGCCACUAUGUUGCUAAGUUGAUAAAAAAUCACGAGUCCAUUAUUGGGAAGCAACGUAAAGAGUUGUAUUGGCUAAAGAGAGAAGCAUAUGAAGGAAAAGGGGAUAUAUCAGGCAAAAGAGAUAAGGACUCUGAUGGCCUGGAAAGAAGGAUACAAAAUGUGACAGUAAAAUUGAACAAUGUUAUAAGAUGGAAUGGCAAGUUGGCCGGGAACAAGAAACUUGUUUAUGAGAAAGAUGAUGUGCAAGAAAAAGAGAUACCAGUGCCUGACAUUGCAGAUGAAGAAUGUACAAGUAUUGGUUAUGAGGCAAACACAAAGGAAGAGAUAAGGGUGCUAAAACAAGAAAGGGUUGAUUCAAAUUUGCAAACCACAAUACUGGAAGAUGUGUACAAUAUUCUUCUCAAAAGUUUGAUGGAAGAAAUUUCUCCCCAGUUGCAUAACAAUGACACUGAAAAAUCUGCUAGUAAAAGUUUUGAAAGUCAGACCAGGGAAGAAAUAUAUUACGCGAUAUGUAAUGAGGCAGUGAAAGAUUUCGCCUGUAAUCAUGGCUGCACAUUAAUAGAGUAUGAAAAUGUAAUGGAUGAAAGUAAGACACAAGUCUCGGUUUCAUUUGACAGUUCGUUGCAGUGCUUGGAGAGCACAACAAGGGAGGAUGUUUAUAGAGUGUAUUUCAAGGAAAUGGUUGAGGAAUGGAACAGGAUCAUGGAAAUGCAUGCUCAUGACAGCCAUGUCAAAAAACAAAUAGACAGGAUUGUCUUUGGUGAGAUGAUCAAACACAGUGAAAGCCCUUCCAAUAUGGGUCUGAACCAACAUCAGGAUGCGAAACUUUUGGAAUAUUGUCUAGAUAAUUACCCAAGUGCCAGCAAGCUACCUGAAACCAUAGAAAUCCUGUUGACAGAGGAUGUAUAUAUGGUGUUUUUCAGAGAAAUGAUAAAGGAAUGGAAGAUGGAAAGAGAUGUUUAUAAUAUCGAGAACCUCAUUAGAGAGGAUUUAUAUCAGUUUGUCGUUGUCGAGGCUGCAAACGAUGCUCAUGCCUCACUAAGAAGAAGCGAAACCUUGAAUCAAGGCAAUUUGUCAGAAAAUGUGCUUUAUGCAAAAGAUUUGCAUUCAAAAUCUGGAGAGGAAAGCUUGAUCCAAAAACUAGAUUCUUUGUUAAAAUGCUUAGAAGUGGAGGAAGAUAUGAUGUCAAGGGAAAAUUCUCACAUAAAUGAAUGUAGUGCAGACCAUGACCUUGUGGUGGUCUCGGAAUGUGAAGAGUUGGAUGAGUGUGACAAUACUGAUUGGUUGUUGAUUGAGGAUGAAAGCUCUUUCAGAUCAGUGUGUAACAAAUUGGAGCAGGCUCUGCAGCAGUUAACAAUAAGUAACGCACUUUUGAGGGAGAUGGAAUAUAGAAUAGACAUACCAGGUGAUGAUUUAGAAAAUGUCGACGAAUGGACAAAUCCUGCAAUUAGUAUUGGGGAUAACAAGGAGCACCCCUUUUGCCAACCAAAGAACAAUCAAGUGCUGCAAUUAAACCCAUUUGAUUUUGAGUUCUCUCCUUUAGCAAGAUUUUCACAAGUCCUCACUGAUGUUGAGCGGAUGGUCCACGAAAGAUUAGAACUAUAUAGUUUGAGGGUGGAAGACUUGAACCAUCAGUUGGAUCCACUUGUUCAGCUUGUAGCCCCACUAAAAAGAAGGGAGUUGCUUUACAAGAACGCUUUCUUUAGCAGAUGUCAUAAUCUUCAACUAGCUGAAGCUGAGGUCGAUAUGCUGGGGGAUCAAGUGGACGUACUUCUAGCCCUGCUCGAGAAGACAUACUUGAUACUAGACCGAUAUUCACCAGUUUUGUCACCCAACUUAGAGGUCUCGGACAUAUUAAAGUUGAUCAAGAAAGAAUUAACUGAUGGGGCUGCUCGUAUGUGCAAUUUGUAA